AUGCAUGGCAUCGACGCUGACAUUUGGGGCUUGUGCUCCGUGUUUCCACAGACAACGACCACAGCAGCCGCCGCGGCGUCGUCGACAUCAGCGUCGGCCAUACGCAUACGAGAGAACCAGCGCCGGUCGCGCGCCCGCCGCAAGGAGUACGUCGAGGGCCUCGAGCGCAAGGUCCACGAGUACGAGAAGGGCCGCGUCGAAGCCACGCUCGAGAUGCAGACGGCUGCACGCACCGUCGCCCUCGAGAACGCACGCCUGCGUGCCAUGCUGGCCCGCAUGGGCGCCUCCGACGCCGACGUCGAGGCCUAUCUCCAGUCGUCGCAGGAGCAUGACGCCGCGAGGGCGCUCGAAAGCGUGCGCUGGCAGGGCCGCCAGCAGCAGGGCGACGACACCACUACAGCUGUUGUCAAGACUGAGCCGGCGAGGCAAGAGGACGGAUGCCGCCCGUCACACGGCACGGACCCGUCGGCGGCCGAACAUAUGCCAUCUAUACACAGCCAUCCGGCCCCUGGCCAUAGAGCAGCCUCUGCCGGCGCGACGCACUACGCCCUUCCGCCCGUCACGCCCUUUGACAAGCUCGACGUGCUGGCCUCGGCCAGCGUCCAGCAGGGCUGCUGCGACGGCCGCACCCAGUGCAUCCUGCCCGCCUCGUCGGCCAACUCGCGCGCCAACAGCCCCUCCACCGUCGGUCCCAGCCCGGGCGCCGUCACCCCGUCGUCCUCGGGCGGGCCGCACCACCCGCUCUCUCCCAGCGACCAGGCGUUUGGGUCGCCCAUGGAGAUGUCGUGCAACGCGGCGGCGCAGAUCAUCGCCGAGAUGCAAGGCUACAGCGGCGGUGGCGGCGAGCGUGACCGUGACGCGACGAGGGAGAAGCUCGGCUGCAACGGUCAGGCCGAGUGCCUCGUCAAAAAUACGGUUCUCUUUCAAAUACUCGAGAACAACAGCAAUUUUUGA